AUGAAUCUCUUCGCUUCGUUUGCCGUAAACAACCUCCUUUGGCUAAUAUGGUAUGCUUUUAUUGUGACAAAUACCGAGCUUAUCCACGCAAACGGCAUAUCUUGUCGCCUACUGCACAUAAUUCUUCACUACUUUCUGCUGACGAACUACUCGUGGAUGCUGUGCGAAGGGUUCUACCUCCACACCAUUCUUGUCAGUGCGUUUUCAAACGAGCAUAAAUUGGUUAAAUGCUUGAUGUCUAUUGGCUGGCCAGUUCCCGCGAUCGUUGUACUUAUUUAUGCUUCGUUAAGAUUUACAUCCAGUGACGCAGCUGACAGUAUGAAGUAA